UUUGUUUGUUUAGAUGAUACAAAGAAGAGUUGAUGGUUCUGUCAACUUUUACAGAGGAUGGACUGAAUACAAAAACGGAUUUGGUGACCUCCACUCUGAGUCCUGGAUUGGACUUGAUAACAUCCGUUUGUUGGUCACCAAUGGUUAUACAGUUUUACGUGUGGAAUUGGAAUACGGUACAGAGUCGGUGUACGCUGAGUACAGUAGUUUCUAUAUAGCGGGGGAGAAAGACAACUACCGAAUCCAUGUGUCUGGCUACAGCGGAACAGCUGGUACGCUUGCCAGUUAA